AGCAGACCCAAGAUCGAUAAGCAAGAGGCUAUACACUUUUUGUGUCUGAGAAGGAAAAAGAAGAAUGUCGAGAUGACGACGAUAAGAUGUCUAGAAUGCAAGGGUCACGUCGGAUCUUAAGACCAAUCAUCAAAUUCCCCAAUUCAUGGCAUCGGCUUUGCGAAAGGCCAACCUACCUAUCUACGGCCACUGGAGUGCGGAACGCACAAGGUUCUUGUGCACUGUGGCUCGGGACACAGAGCGUCACGGGGAUUAUACCUUUCCUGGGAUUUCCAUGAUGGACCUUUCCACAAGUUUUCGGCCCAUCUGCUGGGGUUCGCAGCGUGGCGCAUGCAACAGAUGCAUUGUUUGGACAGACAAAGGGGUUGGAGAGGGUUGGAGUAGCAGACGCAAGGCGGAAGGAAAACAAGACGGAAGGAAAACAAGACGGAAUUGGCUUUUGGUCGACCACAGCAACGCGGCCCCACGGCAACCGUCGGCUUUGGGCGGCUUUUCCAGGGAUCGACGUACCAUCGGUCUGAUUCCGCCUCUGCCAAUGUUCCCGCGGGCGGCUGCGGUUGGACAUGGCCGCUUCACUUACACCCGAAUUGGCAGCUCGGCUUACCACCCUGACAUCGAGAAAGGAGAAUCUUCGCAUUCAGGUUCCCGCCGUCAUCCGCCAGAACCUGUCAAUUCUCUUGGCCGCCCUACUGUUACCCGGCUUCUUUCAUCAAUAGUGUUGGACAAUGAAGACCCAGGAACCACUCAGAGGAAGGGUAAUGACCAUGGUUCAUGGUCCGAUGUCGACAGGAACGGAACGCAGGAAUAUGUACACCUGCUUUGUUAAGCCGAAUCUUCAUCUCAACUCGUCCCUCCCCUCCACCUGCCAUGGCUUAUAAGUCUCAGCUCCCUUCCCUUUCAGAUGGAUGUUCCGUAGUCA